AUGGUGCGGGGCAUGUGUGCACUUAUGUUACACUUGCCCACCCCCUUCCCUAUACCGGGCAGCCAAGUCCGUCAAGAAAAAAACGGAGGCGCCUGGUGUCCGAAAGCCCAAAUCAGCAGCGACGUCAAAGAAUAUCUGGAAGUUGACCUGCAAAAGAACCAUUUGAUGACGUGGACCGAAACGCAGGGUCGUUUCGGUAACGGCCAAGGUCAGGAAUACGCCGAAGCCUUCCUGGUCGAAUACUGGCGCAGCUCUUUGGGCCAAUGGAUCACCUAUAAGGAUUCGAGAGGAGAAAAAAGUUGCUCUGAUAGGAAUGCGUUUCACAAACUACACCAGCAUAAAGUUAUUUGCUCCAAAGCUUGCCAUGACAGGAUGCUAAAUCAGGAAUCUUCCGAGCGGUUAGUGGAGCAAAGGGACAGGGAGGUCGCUUUUUUGGAGGGGGUUGUGAAAGACCUAAAAGCUGAAGCCAGCCAUAAAGAUUCUUUCUAUGAAAAUAAAGACAUAGAGGAUCAAACUUUAAUUGAAAAUUUAAAUAUCCAAAUAAACAGUUUACAUGAACAACUAAAACAUAAAGACAAUCACAUAAGGAGACUGGAGCGCGGUUCACGUGUACUCAGCGAUGAAGCCGAGGAAUUUGAACAAAGCUGUAAUCGUAGAAUCGAAGAACUGCUCGGAAGGAUUGAGGGAUUGCAAGCUAAUUAG